AUUUCACAUCGCUGUUAGAAAAGAUGAUGCGUCCUUUUGCUGCAGUUUUGGAAAGAUGGGCUUGUAAUACGCUGUGGCAGAGUCAGCUACAGAUUAUUUGAAGCCAUGGUUGACCACCUAUAUCUGAAUGUCAUGAAUGAAUUAACUGAUCUUUGCGCUUAUCUUUUCUCUCGUCGAGCAAAUGAGCUCUGUCCCAACAUCUGCACCUGGAAGGUUGGAGGUUUUGCAAGCUGAAAUGUCUCCAAUAAAACAAGUUCUGCCUGAGACCGAGGGAUUUUAUGCAUGGAAUUCUCAUGAUUCAGUGAUACGGAAUGCAAUUUCUCGUGUACUUGCGGGAUGCUCUGGUACAUUGCAGCAAGAUCUCCGUCGAGUUCAGCGGCCAUUUCGUUGGAUUGUAAUUAAAUCAGCGUCGAUAAUCUUUGCCCAGAUUAAAGAGAAAGUUGCAAUUGAGACAAAAAGAAUGAAAUAUGGGUGUAGCCCAUGCGUGACGGGAACAAGAAAUUUCUCUAUAAAGAAUUUUUUGUUCUGUUUUCAGUUAAGAAUUGCGUGGUCAUCUUGCCUUAUUCCUCGUCAACACACUUGUGGUUUCAGUUCCCUAGGAUCAUUGCUGUUUGAACAUUUAACUGGAUAGCAUUGAUGAUUGAAGUUGGCCGAUGAAAAGAAGCCAUCAGUCUGUGAGGCGUGCUUUCCUCACAGCUGAGUG